AUGGGCAUCCCUCCCACCGAUGUCAUAAAAAAGCAUGAGGUGUCAAACGGAUACUCUUGGACCUGCAACCUUACGGAUGAUGGGAAUUACCAGGUGCACGCACUUAGACAGGUGCUUGAAGUGAACAAUAGUGUAGACGCAAGAAAAUUCUGGUGGAUUAAAGAAGUACCAAUCAAAGUGACAUGCUUUGUGUGGAGGGCAAAGUUAGGACGAAUCCCCACUACCUCGGCUCUAUCCACUCGAGGUGUUGUUAUAAAAUUUGCUGAAGUAGUUAAUUAUGGCAUGUUUUAA